AUGCCAGACAAAAAAUCGGACAAGAAGGUGCUAGAGCUAACUGUGAGGCGAAAGGGAUUGUUUAUUCUACGUGAUUCCGUUCGCAAGUUUAUACAAAGUUACGACGAAGAACGGGAUGCAUGCCAGAUACCAGUUCGCAUCGAAUCUUUAGACAGUGUAUACAAAGAGUUUAUGGAGGUUCAAACAGAGCUUGAGCGUUUGGAUGACUACGAAAAUUUAGAAUUUAACCUGAUAGAACGAGCGGACUUUGAAACAAGGUAUUGUGAGGCAAAGGGUUUUCUGUUAGCCAAACGAAUCGAUUCUAAUCAAACGAUCCUGAACGCAUCGAUCAACGCCAAUCAUCAACCAUCUGCUUCUACAUUCCAUCUACGGUUGCCGAAAAUUGAUCUACCCAAGUUUGAUGGGAACUUCACUCGCUGGCUUUCCUUCAAAGACACGUUUUUCUCCAUGGUACAUAGUAACGUAGACAUCCCAACAGUCGCCAAACUCCAAUAUUUACUGCAGUCGUUAGAGGGAGAUGCUCGUAAGCCUUUUGAAAGUGUGGACAUUGAAGCCGAUAACUACACUAUUGUCGUCGAUGCUCUGUUAAAAAGAUACGAUAACCGCAAAUUUCUGAAACGACAGUUAUUCCGGACAAUUCACGAACUUGCAUCUAUCAAAAGGGAGUCUGCUCACGAGCUACAUGAGCUUGUAGACGAAUUUCAAAGACACGUGAAAGCGCUAGGAAAGUUAAACGAACCAAUCGAGCAAUGGAAUACACCGCUAGUAUACAUGCUGACCAAUAAACUAGAUCCAGUCACGUUGCGUGCGUGGGAAGAAAAAACAAGUGAAGAUGACGAUGUAAAAUAUGACGAACUCAUAGAAUUUCUAUACCGGCGAGCUCGAAUAAUCAAAUCUGUUGCAACUGAUAUACAACAACGUUCUCCAAUUGGCCAAUCGCGGGUACCCUGCACAUCAUCCAGCAACAAGAGAAAUUUACCUUCCAAGAUUGUCGUAAACGCUGCCACUUCUGAAGCCACACACAAUGUGCCCUCCUGUUUCUCCUGCACAGAGCGACAUUUUCUAUUCCAGUGUCCUGUGUUCGCAAAAAUGUCCGUUCAGCAGCGUCGUGAAUUGGUAUCUCAACGGAAGCUAUGCUGGAAUUGUUUCCGAUCCAACCAUCAAGCCAGGAACUGCAGCUCCAAAUAUUCCUGUCGUACAUGCCGCGAAAAGCACCAUACACUUCUGCAUGUAAGCUCUUCAACCCAGAAAAGCUCCUCCAGCCCAGUUGUAAUAGCGCCAACCCAAGAGCCUCCUCCGUUAGCCACAUCCCCGAUCACUCAGCCUGGCUCCAUAAGGGCUGAAGUCAGCGUACCAGCCCUCUCGCAUUCCGCAACAGUAUUGCUAGAGACCGUUGCAGUUAAUGUCGUCGACAAUCAAGGCAAAGAGUUUCAAGCCAGAGGCCUAUUGGACUCAGCAUCAAUGUCGAAUUUCAUGUCGAAAGAAUUCGCCAGGUUACUUUCCAACCCCCAGGAAACUACUGAUGUCGCUGUCGCUGGUAUCGGCCAGUCACAAAGGAAACUAAAUCGCAUCGUUACUGCCACCGUAAAAUCUCGCACAAACCGUUUCUCCACAAAGAUGAAAUUUCUCCUCAUUGAUGAUCCAACUGCAGAUUUGCCGACAAUGCCCGUUGACCACCGCUUUUGGAACUUGCCAAAUGUUCCUCUCGCUGAUCCCAAGUUUCAUGUUCCUGGCAGAAUUGACCUUAUCAUUGGAGGAGAAACCUAUUGGAUGUUGCACACUGGUAAAAAGGUCCUGCUUGGCCCCGAUCAACCCUUCAUGGUAGAAACCCGCUUUGGGUGGACGAUGUCUGGUACUGUUAUUUCGGAAUCUACCACGCCACCAGUUUGCAAUGUAUCGACGCAAAUCGAUCGCCUUGAAGCUGCUAUCCAGAAGUUUUGGGAACUGGAGACCCUGUCCUCCGGGCCUGCCCACUCACCAGAAGAAAGGCGCUGCGAAGAGAUAUAUGCCACUACCACUACUCAAGAACCAUCAGGAAGGUACAUUGUCCGCUUACCCAAAAGUGAAAAUACAGAUGUCGUCCUUGGUGAAUCGCGGUCGAUCGCCGAACAAAGACUUUUCAGUCUAGAACGUCGUUUAAGCAAAGAACCUGAGGUCUACGACGCUUACCGCAGAUUUAUGAAGGAAUAUGAGGACCUAGGCCACAUGCGGAGGCUUUCUGAACCGAUCGACAAUACAGAACCGCACUGUUUCCUGCCUCACCACCCGGUCUUUAAAUCAUCCAGUACAACGACAAAGACGAGAGUUGUCUUUGAUGCAUCGAGCAAGACAACAUCCGGAUAUUCACUAAACGAUAUGCUAAUAGUCGGCCCAGUCGUGCAGCACGACCUGCUUUCCUUGAUAAUGCGGUUCCGCACACGAGCAAUAGCGUUAGUGUCGGAUAUUGAGAAAAUGUACCGCCAGAUUAUUUUACACCCCGAAGAUCAAAAACUCCAGCGAAUUUUGUGGCGAUCUAGUCCGGACGAGCCAGUAUCUUCCUUUCAACUUCAAACUGUCACCUACGGGACAGCUUCAGCUCCAUACUUGGCAACAAAAACAAUCCAGCAAGUGGCCACCGUCGCCAGAGAUUCGUUCCCCGUCGCUGCAGAUGCAAUUGCCGAUGACUUUUAUGUAGACGAUUUCCUGUCUGGAGCUGAUGACAUUCCAUCUGCCAGCCAACUUCGUCGAGAUGUUACAAACAUUUUAGGAUCCGCUGGCUUCGCAUUGAAAAAGUGGGCUUCAAAUGCUCCAGAAAUUCUCGAAGAGAUUCCAGUGGAAGAUCGAGCAGUCCAACCUGUAUGUGAGUUACAAGACGAGCAAGCUAUAUCAACGCUUGGGCUCAUAUGGGAGCCAGCUUCCGACACGCUAGGGUUUAAGGUACAGCUUCCAUUGCCCGCUGUCAACCUAACUAAAAGAAAUGUUAUGUCGUACAUCGCAAAAAUAUUUGACCCGCUCGGACUUGUUGGGCCCACAGUUACUAAAACCAAGCUUUUUAUGCAGCGCCUGUGGGCACUGAAAGAUUCCAACAACCAACGUUUAGGGUGGGACCAACCAUUACCAGCAAGGAUCCAGGAGGAGUGGAAGGGAUUUCACAAUACCAUCGACCUACUUCGUCAAGUUCGAGUGCCUCGAUUCGUCGCACGCACUGAUGUGCCUAUUAUCCAGCUGCAUUUCUUCGCAGAUGCUUCAGAAAAGGCAUAUGGGGCAUGCUGCUAUGUUCGUGCGGAGAAUUCGUCAGGAACUUCAGUACAGUUACUUGCAUCCAAAUCCAAGGUUGCACCGUUGUCGAUCACAACCUCUAUCGCCAGACUAGAACUUUGUGCAGCUCGUCUUUCGGUUCAACUAUACAAGAAAGUCACCGGAGCAUUAAAAAGGCCGUUCAGUACUGUUUUAUGGACGGAUUCCACUACAGUCCUGCACUGGUUAAAUUCAUCACCUAGUCGAUGGAAACCUUUCGUGGCCAACCGUGUAUCCCAGAUCCAGCAAGCUACCGAAAUAAGCAACUGGAGACAUGUUCCAGGUAAUGACAACCCAGCGGAUCAUAUUUCCCGUGGUUUAACGCCAGUCGAGAUUCUCAACUCAUUACUUUGGUGGUAUGGACCGCCGUGGCUGUCGUCGUUUCCUGAUACGUGGCCUAGUACUCCGUCAUAUAUAGAAUCUGUUGAAGCAGCAAAGGAAGGCCGUAAAGUCCCUGUCGUUGCCAUGACAAUUAUCGAAACCAACUUCUGCGAACUAUUGUUCUCCCGUUACUCCAACUACACGCGGUUGAAACGAAUCGUUGCAUAUUGUUUGCGCUUUAUUAAUAAACUACGUGAUCGAGCCACUGCACGCUGCCUAACGUCAAGGAUACAUCAAGAAGAAGAUACGGGGUGUUCGAUUGCAAUGUUGGCUUCCGAAGAACUACAACAAGCAGAAGUCAGACUUUGCCGCCUAGCACAACGUGAAAGCUUCCCUGAAGAACUAGCCAAUGUUGCGGAGGGAGAACGCGUCUGCAAGGCCUCAACAUUGAAAUUUCUCAGCCCAAUUAUUGAUCAUAACGGAGUUCUACGUGUCGGCGGAAGGCUGCGCAAUGCAAACAUUUCAGAUUCCGCCAAGCAUCCUAUCCUGCUUUCGUCCAAGCAUCCACUUUCUGCAUUAUUAGCCAACCAAUGCCACAAGGCUCUUCUUCAUGCAGGGCCACAGUUAAUGUUAACUACGCUACGUUCGAAGUUUUGGAUCUUGGGUGGUCGUAACCUAGUCAGAAAAACCUACCACAAAUGCAUCACUUGCUUCCGAGCUAAACCAAUUCUGGUCCAGCAGAGCAUCGCCGACUUACCAGCUUCCAGAGUCUCGCCUACCCGGCCCUUUUCCGUUUGUGGGGUGGAUUAUUGCGGACCAUUGUAUAUAAAAUCCGUUGUCCGAAAGCAAGGCCCGCGAAAGGUUUACGUAGCCAUCUUUAUUUGUUUCGCUACACGAGCUGUCCAUAUCGAGCUCGUUAGUGACUUAUCGACAGCUGCAUUUCUCUCAGCACUGCGUCGGUUAGUUUCACGGCGGGGAAAAAUCAUCGAACUUAAUUCGGAUAACGGAACAGCCUUUAAGGGUGCGUCGCAUGAGCUGCAUCGGAUCUACAGAAUGCUGAAAAUUGACCAAACUGACCGGAACCAGAUUUUUAGUUGGUGUGCCAAUAACGAAAUACGUUGGCGUUUUAUUCCACCCAGAGCGCCCCAUUUUGGCGGGCUGUGGGAGGCCGCAGUAAAGUCUGCCAAAACCCACCUUCUGAAGGAAAUGGCAAACGUUACGCUUCUCUACGAAGAUAUGCUCACCCUCCUAGCACAAGUUGAAAUGUGUUUAAACUCUCGGCCGCUGACACAAUUGCCAUCAGAUCCCGCAGAUGCUGAAGUUUUAACACCAGGUCACUUCCUUAUUGGAUCCAGUUUCCAAUCUGUCCCCGAGCCCUGUUACAAAAACACACCAGAUAACCGCUUAUCACAUUGGCAACAAACCCAAAAACACUUUCAACGAAUUUGGUCGCGAUGGUAUCCGGAGUAUAUUCAACAACUUCAGACAAGAGCCUCCAAGGGAUGCAACCCACCAGUCGACAUUCAGCCAGGAAGAGUUGUUAUUCUGAAGGAUGAAAACUUGCCACCGUCACAGUGGCCGCUUGCCAAAAUCGUCACGAUUCACCCAGGAGAUGAUGGAAUUACACGCGUCGUAACGCUCAAAACGCAAUCUGCAGAAAACGUCGUUCGUCCCGUCUCUAAAAUAGCUCUACUUCCUCUAUCAAAUGAUCCUGAUACACCGGUUCACCAACUUCAAAAGGACAACUAG